AUGCUCGGUAAGGUGGUCCUCGAGGAAGCAUUCGCUCUCCCCAGAUUUGCGGAGAAAACACGAUGGUGGGCGUCGAUGUUCGCCGUGAAUCCGGACCAGCAUGCUCGCGAGAUGUUGGACAUCAACGACAUCCGGAUCCAAUACAUGGACAAAUAUGGCGUCGGGUACCAGAUUCUGUCGUAUUCGGCGCCUGGGGUCCAGGACGUCUUUGACAGGAAGGAGGCAGAAGCGUUGGCGACGGAAAUCAAUGAUUACCUCGCAUCAACGAUCAAGGCUCACCCAGACAGGUUUGGGGCGUUUGCAACGCUAUCCAUGCACGACCCGAGACAGGCAGCGGAUGAACUUCGACGCUGUGUCACGCAGUACGGAUUCAAGGGGGCACUGGUCAACGAUACCCAGCGCACAGGCGCCGACGGAGAUGACAUGAUCUUUUACGACUCAGCGGACUGGGACGUGUUCUGGUCGACGGUGACCGAGCUGGACGUGCCGUUCUACCUGCACCCUCGCAACCCCACGGGCACCAUGUACGAGAAGCUCUGGGCGGCGAGGAAAUGGCUGGUUGGGCCUCCGCUGAGUUUCGCACAGGGCGUCAGUCUGCAUCUCCUGGGGAUGGUGACGAAUGGCGUGUUCGACCGGCACCCAACGCUCCAGGUGGUCAUUGGGCACCUGGGUGAGCACCUCCCAUUCGACCUGUGGCGCAUCAACCACUGGUUCGAGGACGUCAAGAAGCCCCUGGGCCUGAAGGAGACGUGCAAGAAGACCAUCCGCGAGUACUUCGCCCAGAACAUCUGGAUCACCACCAGCGGGCACUUUUCGACGCCAACGCUGCACUUCUGCCUGACUGAGGUAGGAGCAGACCGGAUCCUGUUCUCGAUCGACUAUCCCUUCGAGAAGUUUGAAGACGCGUGCGAGUGGUACGACAAUGCCGAGAUCAACGAGGUGGACCGAAGGAAGAUUGGCAAGGACAAUGCGAGGAAGUUGUUCAAGUUGCCAGCGUUCAAGGACUGCGAUGUGUGA